UUAAUAAACACAUUUUUACAAGAACAAUAGGAUUAUUUUUAUGAUAAAAAUCAUAUAUAAACCACUGGAGAUUUUUUUCAAACAUCAAUACCUUUCAAAAUGAAGUAUUGCAAGAUUUAUAUCAGUUUAUUGCUGCUAGGAGCUUGCCAUCUGUUAACUGGUGACAAUGAACACUCCGAAGAUCUAGAGUACUUCUUGUACGAAGACAAAGACGGCAAUCUUAAAGUAGAGCGUCUCCUAAACAGCCGACCAGAACUCUUGUCGUCGUCUGGAUCCGAUGUAAAGUACUUUUUCUUCAGCAAGUCUAACCCUGGAGAUGAAGAAGGUGUGGAGAUUCACAGCAACAACACAGAGAAAUUGAAAACGACAUCAUUUACAACAAAGAGAGAAACUAUUUUUAUCGUGCAUGGAUGGAAGGAUAGCCAUAAGGCAGAUGUUAAUUCUCAUGUCAGAGAAUAUAUACUCAGGGACCACGAUGUUAAUAUCUUUGUCGUCGACUGGAGUCCAAUUGCUGGAAAAGGUUACUUAACAGCACAGGGGUCUAUGCAAAAAGUUGGAGGAUAUAUAGCAGACUUCGCCAGAUCUCUGAAUAAAAAAUACGGUUUACAACUUAAUAAGUUGAAAUUUGUAGGUCAUUCCCUGGGUGCUCAUAUCUGUGGAUGUGCUGGAGCUGCUUUGGAUGGACAAGUCGACAGAAUUGUUGGUUUAGAUCCAGCUGGUCCUCUAUUCAGAGAAGAGAGAACAGACAACCGUAUUGACGCUAGUGAUGCAGAGAAUGUCCAAAUUAUUCACACGAAUGGAGGAAAGAUGGGAUAUUUGGCUCCAUGCGGAGACUCUGACUUCUAUCCAAAUGGAGGAAAAUCACAACCAGGUUGUGGAUUUGAUUUAGGUGGCGGUUGUGCUCACUCUAGGUCAUACGCAAUAUAUGCCGAAUCAUUGACUAGCACAGGAUUUGUUGGACAGCAGUGCAAUAGUUAUGAGGAAUAUCAGAAGGGUAAAUGUACCGGACCAAAAGCUAGCAUGGGAAUGUUCCAUAUUGAUAAAAUGGCCUCUGGUUCCUACUACCUUAAAACACACAGCAAAUCUCCAUUCCAUAAAGGAUAAAGAUGUUUAUUGUACUACAUAGUUAAAUAAACAAUAAAAUCUAACGUAAA